AUGUGGCCAAAUUCCAGGAUUAAAGGGGAUGAGCCCGAGCUGGAAGCGGAUGCAGGGAUAUAUGCUGACUCGGCGCCGCAGGUCCCCGCCGCGAAGUCGCCCUGCAGCUGCCCCGCGCCCCGCUCCGCCGCGUCCCCCGGCCCCGCUCCGCCGCGUCCCCCCGGCCGGCCUGUGGCCGCCGAGCCGCCGCAUCUGCCCCCGGCUCAGAAUCCUGCCGCCCGGCGCCCCCGGGAGAGCAAGUCGGCCGCCAGGAUGUGGAAGGUGCCAGUUCUGCUCCUCGUUUUGGGAAGCGCAUCGCUCUGGGUCCCGGCAGCAGGAGCCAGCACGAACCGGCCAGAAGAUGACAUUGAGACUCCAGGUGUAGAUGUGACAACCCCAGCUAUAGAAGAUGUGACAACCCCAGCUAUAGAAGAUGUGACAACCCCAGGUAUAGAAGAUGUGACAACCCCAGGAGCCACUGAAGAGCCCUCUAAGCCUGCUGGCCCGACAACCCCGAUGGCAACGAGUGCAAAGAGUACAGCGAGCCCUGACAUCGAGGAUCUGCCAACCCUGGAAAGCACGGUCCCUGCCAAAGAAGAAAGCCAGAGCACCACAGUCCCCAAUGUGGCGACCAGCCGCUCCACAGAUAAAGUGGGUGGAGAGACACGGGUAACAGUUGACAAAGAUGGUUUGACGACAGUGACCCUGGUUGGAAUCAUAGUUGGGGUCUUACUAGCCAUUGGCGUCCUUGGCGGGAUCAUCAUUGUGGUUAUGAGAAAAAUGUCGGGAAGAUACUCACCCUAAGAGGUGAAGGAUCGUGCCCUACUACCAACAGGCAUUAAAAAGAGAAUGUCUGACUUCCUCCCCGCCCCUGUCCUAAGCUUGUGGGAGAAGAUGACCCAUGGAACGCCUGCCCACCCCACUCAAAAUCCAUGGCGAUCCCUCCCCUUGCGUCACGUAACCGAAGGAAAGGCAGCUCACCAGACGUGGCUCCUCUAAGCAUUUGCCUUUUGACAACUUUAUUGAAUACAAAUUUUAUAAAAGAUGAUUUAAAAGACAAAUUGCCUAGAAAACAGAGCAGAACUAUGUGAACUGACUUGCAACUAAGACAUCAUCCCUGUUGAUGUUAGAAACUGUAACCGCAUGUCUUCGUUCUGACCAUUCUGUUAUUGUUAAAAUGCAAAGGGAUCUGGAAAUAUUUAUAUCAACGGGGUCCUUGGAUCCAGCGCUACGUCAGCAAAUGGCACCAACAUUUUGCAAUUGCUGAUCUGUUGAAACGUACACGUUCUACUCUAGUUUGGUCUGGUUGUUUUUUGUUUUUUUAAAAAAAAGCCUGAUCUGGUGUGAAUAAUCAGGUCGAAAAAUCUAAACUUGGGUCAUAGGCGAUGAGCAACUACCUUUUAGCCGGUCCAGAUACAUCAUUUCAAAGACAUCCAUUAGAUAGAUUAUAAACAGGAAGUAUAUACUUUGGAGAAGACUCUCUGUUUCUCAUAAGGGCCCCAGGCCGCCUCUAGGCCUGCUUUGCCUAAAGCCUUCUCCGUGAUGACUUGAUGACUCCAAGGUUUCCUCCCAGCGGCCCCCCUCUGCUUCACUCAGAAGACGGGUCCCCAGAGUUAAGGGGGGCAGCCUCGCCUCUUCCCUGUGACACAGAUCCUCUGGAGUGGCCGCUGUACUCUGGAACGUGGGGAUCUCAGGGCUCCGGAUGCCAAGGAAGCUGCUGGAUGUCUCGUGGCGCUGGAGACUCAAGUGUUCCAGAAACCAAGAACCAUGUUGGCCCCCAAACAGAAAGAAACCCUACAUGGACCUCCGGCGUGGGAGACAGCCAGUUUUCUAACAUUUGCUCUCUGCCUCAGAGGAAAGAUGUGGGGAGGAAAAAAAAUCAUCUUGUACAAUAUUAAUAUUUUUUAAGUAGCUCAAUUUAAAGACUUGAUAUAAAAAUAGAUGUCCCUGGUCUUCGAGAUGUAAGCACAAAUUUCUGUAGGUCGUCCCGUUAAGAAGAUCAAAAGAAAGGAGCCCAAGAGGCCGUUCUGUCUCUGCCGCUUCUCGUCUCAUAGAUCCUUUGAAUUCUUUUUCCUAAACAAAAAGUUUUUAGGCCGAGCAGAUGCUCUGUCGUGAUUGCGGUUGUGCAAUUCUGAUAUCCUCUACACUUGUGAGAGUUCAUAAAACAGGAAAGAGUAAACCAUCAGUCGGAAGCACGGCCCAUUCCUCCCAUAUUUCACAGUACUGUGUGGAUGUUAUUUUAAACAGUGUGUCUGUGUGUUCCCCAAAUCCAGCUGUGUGUUCCGCACCGGCCCGGGUUCCAUGUUUGAACAUCAGUUGAUUGAGAGAAGGGAAGUUAGACAAGCUGUUUGAGGUUUGAAUAACUCAGUUUAAUUGUUCAGAUUCCUGAACAGGAGUUAGGAAUAAUGUCAUUUCUUCUUUCCUAUCCUCCUCCCCCAAACCCCCUGUGAAAAAUAGCAGCCAACCCCAAGUCAUACACUGGACCCAGUGCCUGCUGGGACAGGACUGUGGGUUUCUUGUUCACACCUGUGUUGGUGCUCGAUGCAGUGUAGACAUGUUUUCAAAUAAAACAUGAUUGUGUACAAC